AUGACCGUCAAAUAUCACACUAGCGAGAGUCAAGUCGCGUCCGUCGUAGCCAUUGACACGCACUUUAAAGCUCGAAUGUCCCCAGUUCAUCCUAAAGAUCAAAAGGUAGCAACAUCAUCAGCAAAAGCCAUUGACUUGACGCUGGAUGAGGUGCCUGUAAACGUAAAGAGGAGACGUUCAUUCUAUGAGGAUUCCGAUGACGACAAUAGCAACAACAUAGCGUCACAAACAGCACUGGAUUUGAUCCGACAGAGUCGCCGACGUGUAACGGUAGUAUCUGAACCUUUAAAGGCUAAAAAGCGAGCAAUUGAGACAUCAGGAACUUAUUUUUUAGGUCCAGCAGCUAAAAAUCCACAGGAUCUUGUGACAAGUGCCAAUAAAAACGUGUUUGGUAAUGAAAAGUUUAGGAAAAACCAGCGCCAAGUGGUCGAGACGACAAUGCGAGGUCAAGAUUGUUUUGUAUUGAUGCCUACUGGAGGUGGAAAAAGCCUGUGUUAUCAGUUACCAGCCGUGCUUUCUAAGGGGGUGACGAUUGUAGUGUCCCCAUUGUUGUCACUUAUUCAAGACCAAGUGACAGCUUUGGUGCAAAAUCCAAAAUGUGGCAUUCCUGCUGCAUUUUUGACAAGUCAUACAGCCUUGACAUUGAAGAGGUCCAUUGUAGCAGAGCUGAGACGACCGAUACCUAGUGUCAAGUUGCUGUAUUUAACACCGGAAAAGAUUGUCAAGUCGGAAGAGAUGAUGAACUUAUUACAGACCUUGCAUCGCAAUAAGGCACUCGCGAGGUUUGUUAUUGAUGAAGCUCAUUGUGUCAGUCAGUGGGGACACGACUUUCGACCGGAGUACAGUCAAUUGGGACUACUAAAGAAAACUUUUCCGGACGUGCCGCUUAUGGCGUUGACAGCAACAGCGCCACCCAAGGUGAUUAAAGAUGUACAGCGGUCACUGCGUAUCUCGAAAGGGCUGGUGUUUUCCAUGAGCUUUAACCGACAAAAUCUUACGUUUGAGGUGCGCGAGAAACCUCGUGGUAGCGACAAGACAGCCAUGGAGGCACUCUACCAGUUCAUUUCAACGACGUAUUCGCAAGACGCCGUAGGUAUCGUGUACUGCAUGACAAAGCAGGAUAGUGAAGAUGUGGCCAAUUACCUGUUCGAUCGCGGACUGAGCGCUGACUUCUACCACGCCGGUCAGUCUGCAACGGAUCGACACAUGGUGCAAGAAGCGUGGCAAAAUGGACAGCUCAGCAUCGUGUGUGCUACAAUUGCUUACGGUAUGGGCAUUAACAAGCCCGACGUGCGGUACGUGAUCCACUUCUCGGUAGCUAAGUCCAUCGAAGGCUACUACCAAGAAGCUGGUCGCGCCGGGCGUGACGGCAAGCCGUCGCACUGUAUCAUGUUUUACAGUCCGCGCGACGUAUCCAAAUUGCGCAGCAUCCUCUUCAUGCCUCAGAAAGGCAUGACGAGAAAAACGCGUGCCGUGCAUAUGGAAAAGCUCCGAACCAUGGCCGAGUACUGUGAGGACGAUGCGACCUGUCGCCGUCAACUGCUUAUCUCAUACUUUGGUCAAACGUUUCAGCGCUCGGAAUGCAAGCAAACGUGCGACAAUUGCCAACGCACGCAACGCACUGGUGGCUUAAAAACGCUAAGCAGGUAA